AUGAAUUCACUACACGAAAGACACGAUAAGCUUAUAAGAGCCACCGAUCUUGAUGCAUUGAGCUGUCGCUAUAACAUGAACAUCAAACUGUACCUCAAUCCAUCUGAUGAGUACAUCGAGGAUUUGAUGAAGUCAUACAGUGCAUACCUUCAAUUCUGUACGGGUUAUACGUCGUUAUCAUCCUCAAGAAGUUUGAAAUCACUAUUUCAAGACAGAAAGUUGCCAAUCAUAAACCGUGGGACAUACUUGAGAACAAGAGCCAUUAGUGAUGUGGUGGAUGAAUUUGUGAAAGAAUUCAAAAGUUGUCAAAUUAUAUCACUAGGAAGUGGAUCAGAUACCAGAGCAUUUACAAUACUAGAGAAGCUGCCACACGUUAUAUAUCAUGAAAUUGAUUUUGAUGAAACCGCCAAAAUUAAAAAGCUCGCCAUAAUGAAGAACUCAAAACUUCGAACCCUUUUGGGAGUGCAGGACGAAAUUGCUCCUGAAAUUCAUUCAAAGGAGUCGUUUGCAGCGUAUGACCCUGAUCUACAUUACAAUAAUUACCAUCUUCAUGGAAUUGAUUUGAGAGAAGUGAAUUCAGGUACAGUGUUGAAGGGCUUUAAUGCAAAGCUUCCAACGAUAGUUUUAAGUGAGUGCGUUUUGUGCUAUUUGUCACCCGAGGAGUACUCUUCAACGAUCAAGUACUGGACCAGCUUAGGAGACAACUUGACUGGAAUUUUGAUCUAUGAGCCAAUGUCUUUAAGAGAUCUGUUUGGUGAGACGAUGAACCAGAACUUACAAGGCAGAGGUUUGAACUUGCAGACUUUUGACAAGUACCCCGAUCUUGAAUCAAGAUUGGAAUUCUUAAAAUCCGAAUGCAAACUUACAAAGCUACGUAUGACCUCGUUAAGCGAUAUUGGUGGGUACAGUAAGAAGAAGCGUACUGGUGAGUCAUGGAUCAGUGCAAAGGAUUUGCAACGAAUCAAUGCACUAGAGUUUGUUGAUGAAAUAGAAGAGAUCAGACUUUUGCUUGAACAUUACUGUCUUUGCUACGGGGAAUUUAGAUCAUUAGAGAAAGCUCCAUCAUUUGAAGGGGUUGAUAGAUGGAGCUGGCAGAUACAGGAUCAAUAA